AUGCAAGCACUCCAAAGCAAGGUUACCAUGUACGACUAUUACAUGGCAUUGGAGAAGCUCACAGAAAACAGAGGGUUUGCUUCAGUUCCCAAGCGCUACAAGGAGUUCGUACGGAUGACUCGUCAGUACAGAUACCUUACAGCCCUGAAGCGAGGUGGCAGGGCACACGUUCCAUCUGGGAUCUUGGGUACGGGUAAUGGGGAGCUGGGAAUCCAAUGCCCUGCGUGUCCUACGCCUGGUGUUAACUUACCUCUUGAUUGGGAAUCAGCACCCCCAGACCGAAAAUUUCUCUAUACUCUUUUUCUGGCCCUCGACGCUUGUUUUCGACUCAAACGUCGCAUCGUCUCUUCCGUCGAGAAAGAUCCUGGGUUGGGCAUCGAUUGGAGCUACUUUGUGGAAAAUGAACCUUUCCGACGGUAA